AUGGAGCUUCCUAAGAAGCGGGUCCGAGAGGACUCGUACAGUAGCUGUACCGAAGUCGAGUCGGACAGCAGCGAUGCCGACAUCGAGCCUGACUUCAAGAAGGUCAAAAACCACGAUACUGAACCCAAGGAGAACAAGACUCUCACAAACCGACUCGGUACAGUUCGUGCCCCUCCAACCGAUGCCACCGACCGCAGCGAGCAUGACGCCACUGGAUGCUUCUGGGCAAAGAAGAAGGAGCUCUUCGAUAUCGAAAAGAGUUCUUGGUUGUGGCGCAAGGCCGAGAAUGAAAAGAGGAUUCGUCGGGCGGCCACACGAGAAGCUCUCAAGAUCAUCGAGGCGGCCUAUGAUAAAGUGGAAAAGGUCCAGCAGUAUCGCAAUGACACCUUGGCUCUGUUGGCUUUAGGUCCCAAGAAAGAGAGAAAUGGUACCAAGAAAGGUAGGAAGAGAGUUCAUUGCGCGGCGGCACAACAGACUCGAGAGAUCACUGAGGCGGCCUAUCUUGAAGCCGAAAUGAUCCUGAAGCAUUACAACGCCGCCUUGGCUCUGGUGCAAUACUAG